AGGUCCGGGAAUCCCCAGCGUCAGGGGCAGAGUGGGGGUCUCCGGAGGCGGCGGAAAGGCCCCUGUUCCACCUGCUUCAUAUUGGGGAAGGUGAUAGAGUGGGCAGUGGCGCUGGGCAGGACCUUGGGUUGGAGACCCACACACGCCUGCCUGGACUUCUGGUCUCUGGGAGACACAGUGCCAGGACUCAGAGAGGAACUGCGCAGUAAAGGUGCAGAGAAGGGACUGCGGAUGCGACUGGACUCCAGGGCGAGAUUCCUGGAGUAAUAGGAGGACAAGAGUCGGUGGACAAGAGUCUGCAACGCAAGCCUCUGCAAGGCGAUGAUGGUGAGGGGUAGAGUGGAGCUGGCUUGGGUGGUAGAGACCUUCGGUCUUAUUCCUGGAUGUAGCCGGAGAAGUUGGUGCAGUCAUACAGCUCCCUGAAAUGGAGAGGCUGGGACACAGGGAGUGGGGGCCCGCAGAGCGCGCGUCCAGCUACCCCAGGUCAGUCCGGAGCCAGCUCUGGACAAGAGCCGGGCGGCGGCCGGGAGAGGAGUGGUCCCCGCGCCCACCGCUACUCCCGAGGCAGUUGUUUCCCUAACUCCGGAUGCCGGGGGCGGCUGUGAUUGGUUGAGGGUCGACGGCCGGUGCACGGAUUGGCUACUCGCGGACCAGGGGCUGGAUCCGCAGCGCAGGGUCCGCCCCCGAACCUUCAAAUGGGAAGCCCCCCCAGGAGGCGCCCGCAGUUCUGAGGCGGUGGAGCAGAUUUGCUGGAGCCGCGGACGGGAGGCGGUGAGCCGGCAGUGAGCCGGGCGCAGAGGCACCAGGGCCCUCUCAGGCUACAAAGCCGCUCCACCGAGGCACCGCCGCGCCCUCCCGGAGGCCCGGAGGCCCGGGGGCCGUCGGGCGCCCAUCUCGCCUUCAGCCAUGGGGUCGGCCGCGCUGGAGAUCCUCGGCCUGGUGCUGUGCCUGGUGGGCUGGGUGGGCCUGAUCCUGGCGUGCGGGCUGCCCAUGUGGCAGGUGACUGCCUUCCUGGACCACAACAUCGUGACGGCGCAGACCACCUGGAAGGGGCUGUGGAUGUCGUGCGUGGUGCAGAGCACCGGGCACAUGCAAUGCAAGGUGUACGAUUCGGUGCUGGCGCUGAGCACCGAGGUGCAGGCGGCGCGGGCGCUCACCGUGGGCGCCGUGUUGCUGGCGCUUGUCGCGCUUUUCGUGACCCUGGCGGGCGCGCAGUGCACUACCUGCGUGGCCCCAGGCCCGGCCAAAGCGCGCGUGGCCCUCACAGGCGGCGCGCUCUACGCGCUCUGCGGGCUGCUGGCGCUCGUUCCGCUCUGCUGGUUCGCCAAUAUCGUGGUCCGUGAGUUCUACGACCCGACCGUGCCCAUGUCGCAGAAGUACGAACUGGGCGCGGCGCUGUACAUUGGUUGGGCCGCUUCGGCGCUGCUCAUGUGCGGCGGCGGCCUAGUGUGCUGCGGCGCCUGGGUCUGCGCUGGCCGCCCCGACUUCAGCUUCCCGGUCAAGUACUCCGCUCCGCGGCGGCCCACGGCCAGCGGCGACUAUGACAAGAAGAACUACGUCUGAGGGCGCUGGACUCGGCGGGGCCCCUCACGCCGGCCACUCCCGCAAGCGGAACGACUGGCCAGGGGCGUCGUGCAUGGACCGCAGCCUAUGCUAGGUGGUGCGGCGCACAGUCUCUGCGGAAUGGCCGGUUCUGCGCCUGGACGCGGCGCACCGGCCGACUGAGACCUUUCACGCGCCCGCAGCCCGUUCUCUUCUACGGCCACUAGCCGGGCCCUGCCCGGAACAGGAGCCACGCACUUGGAAGGACUUGCUCGGUUUCUUUUUCGGUGCGCAGAACUUGCUCCGAUGUGAGUGGGGCGCGGGGUUCCUUAGGCUGAAUGGACAAUGGACCGAAAUGCCGCUUUCCUCCCCAACCCUCAGGGUCUUGGAUCCCGCCAUCCUCCCCAGCGGCUCCUGCUGAUUCCAGCCAGGCAGACGGAAAGCCCAGGGACCCCAGCCUGGACUGCCGGAGGGCUGUAUACAACCGACCUUUACCCCAAGAUCGGGGCCUGAGCCCAGGGGGCCUUGAAAGACUUGGCCUGGACCUCCCUGCCUCACCCUGGCAGCUCCCCAGGAGAGGCUUAUGGGCACUAGAUCCUGCGUGGGGAGCUAGGGCCCUGCCCUCCUUUGCAGCUUGUGGGGGAGGGUAAGAAUUUGCUUAGUAAAUGGUUUGAAUACCCUC